GUGAGGAGAGGACAGGAGCACUGGGAGUACUGGGACUGGGAGGAUCGGACCGGACCCGGGUAGGCGGACAUGGAUGGACAGAACAGCGGCAGCAUCUGCUCCCGGCCGCACGGCACCGGGACGCACGGCAGGAAGAAGGAGAAGAAGAUCCCCGACAGAGUGACUCUGAAGAAGGAGAUCGGGCUGCUGAGCGCCUGCACCAUCAUCAUAGGGAACAUCAUCGGCUCCGGGAUCUUCAUCUCUCCUAAGGGUGUCCUGGAGCACUCGGGCUCGGUGGGAGUGGCUUUAGUGGUCUGGGUGCUGGGAGGCUGCAUCGCUGCGUUGGGCUCCCUCUGCUAUGCUGAACUGGGCGUCACCAUUCCCAAAUCUGGAGGCGACUACUCCUACGUCACAGAGAUAUUUGGAGGUCUGACGGGAUUCCUCCUGUUGUGGAGCGCCGUCCUCAUCAUGUAUCCGACCACGCUGGCCGUCAUCGCGCUUACCUUCUCCAGCUACAUACUGCAGCCGGUCUUCCCAAACUGCGUUCCACCGUACAUGGCGACACGGAUGCUGUCUGCCACCUGUCUCCUGCUGCUGACCUGGGUGAACUGCUCCAGCGUCCGCAUGGCCACCAGGAUCCAGGACGUCUUCACGGUGGGGAAGCUGAUGGCGUUGGGCCUCAUCAUUGUAGUUGGUCUGGUCCAGAUCUUCAAUGGAAACUACGAGGCGCUGACGCCUCAGGUGGCCUUCUCUCUGGAGAGGACGCCGUCGGUUGGGCAGAUCGCGCUCGCCUUCCUGCAGGCGUCCUUCGCCUUCAGCGGCUGGAACUUCCUCAACUACGUGACAGAGGAGGUGGUCGAACCCAGACGGAAUCUACCUCGUGCCAUCUACAUCUCCAUCCCAUUGGUGACCUUUGUGUACACGCUCACCAACAUCGCCUACUUCUCCUCCAUGUCGCCCGAGGAGCUGCUGUCAUCCAAUGCUGUGGCUGUAGGGAAAGGUAGAAAGGGAGCAGUCAUGUGUAACACAAAGACAGACAAAGCCUGCAUUUGGAGACGUAGCCUGAUGAACCAGACGUUUGGUGAGAAGCUGCUGGGAAUGUUCUCCGUCAUCAUGCCGAUCUCUGUGGCUCUGUCUACCUUUGGAGGAAUCAACGGCUACCUGUUCACGUCUUCCAGGUUGUGCUUCUCGGGAGCUAGAGAAGGUCACCUCCCCAGCCUGCUGGCCAUGAUCCACUAUAAGAAAUGUACGCCCAUCCCCGCCCUGCUCGUCUGCUGCACAGCCACCAUCAUCAUACUCUGCAUUGGAGAGACACACAAUCUGAUCAACUACGUCUCCUUCAUCAACUACCUGUCAUACGGUGUUACCAUCGCAGGCCUGCUGUACUACCGCUGGAAGAAACCCAACUUGUACCGACCCAUCAAGGUGAACCUGCUGGUUCCUGUGUGCUACUUGAUGUUCUGGGCAGUGCUGCUGGGAUUCAGUCUUUACUCUGAGCCAGUGGUUUGCGGUGUUGGACUAGUCAUCAUGCUUACGGGUGUACCUGUCUACUUCCUGGGUGUGCAUUGGAAAGAGAAACCAAAGUGUAUCUAUAACUUCAUUGAGAGGGCGACACAUGUGGGCCAGAGGUUGUGUUUUGUGGUCUUUCCUCAGCUCGACCCCAUCGAGCUCGCCAGUCCUCCAGAGUGGACUGACCGCUCAUCAGGCAGGGGAAGCGUGUCUGUCAAUUCUUAAAACUCUUAUCUGGAAACAAAAAGAUCUUCUGGGGGUUUUUUUUAUCCUGUUUUUACUGAUCAUCAAACAAGUCCAGACCCUGUUCCAGUCAUGGGAGCUCUGUCUGAUUUUUGAACCUUUGAGACUCUGAUUUUUGUUUUUCUAAACUUGAGUGGAAUGCCCGCUGUUCUGUGUGGGCUGCGUACAAUUUUUUCUCUCCAUCUACUUUUCUACUAAGUCUUCAAGUACACCAUCCUAAUGCCAACAGUUUCACGCCGUGAACGGACUUUUUAUUUCCACUUUGGGACCAUCUGUUCCUCCUUUGGUAACACGACAGAACAGUGACUCUCUCUGAAUGUUGCUGGUAUUUUAUUGUGCCUUCAGGUCUUUUCACACCAAGUUUUUCCUACAGUUGGAAAACUGCAAAAAAACUUGCACAUUGUUUGUUAAAGUCACUAAAAACAGCCAACUCCUUUCUCAUUUUCAGAUCCAUCCAUGCCACCAGUGUGUCACGGGGCUCUUUUAAGAUACACCAAUAAAGAAGUGAUCCUGGAACAGCAGGCUAGAUGCUUUAGAUUUGACUAGAUUUAGAACCUAGGCUGAAGUCAAAGAUAGCUGUUGUGAUAAAUUUUGUUUUUUUGUCUGUCUUCUUGGAUAUUUGCCCCAUUCAUUUUCAUUUGCCUGAGCGAAAUUUUUCUUCAGACCAAUCUACUAUCUGCUGAUUAGUUCCCAUGCAUUAAAAAUGAAGAUUUUACAUGUUUAAAUGGGGAAAAUGAUCCACAUUUGGAGGCAGGAGGCGUUGGCAGUGGCAUUAAUCAUUUCGCUGCUCACAGUUUGAGUCCUAGGAGAGAUUUUUUUUCCUUGCUGCUCUAGUAAAGUGGACUGAUUCUGCUUUUCCUUAUUUGUAGUCAUACAUCUGCUGUGCUGGAAGUUCAUAUGAAAUAUGGGAAAUUUGGGAAUGGCACACACAUGGCUCUGUAUGAUGUCAGCAAGCACAGAUAUUCCUAAUGUGGCCAUCUUAGACCUAAACUCCACCCACUUUCUGUUCAAACCUUAUAUUUGGGGCAGCCAAUCAGAAAAAAGUUGCUGUCUUGUUUCAGACAGUGAACGAAAUGUGGGGCUUCACCAAGGCCGAGCAUAAAAAAAAGGAUGAUUUUACUCUAGAAGAGUCCUUGAAUGUAAAUAUGGAGCUGCAACAUUAAUAAUAACACCUUGUCGUUGUCCCAAGGAGUCACCACAGCAGAUGGAGCUGCAUAUUUCCAUUUGGUGAAACUGCAGCCCCCCCCCCAUUUAAUCCAGGUUUGGGAUUGGUAUAAUCUUAACCCUGUAGGUUUGUAGCUCCUCCUCCUGGUCUUGAACCAGGGAGCUUGUGUGUGUAAGACAAACGUUAAACCACCACAUCAGCCCCCAAACUGUUACGUGUUAAUCAGAAUGAGUUACAGAUUUUACUUUUUAAAUAAAUAGAAGAGUAACGUUAGGAAAGGAUGACAUUACAGACUGUGUGCAAGACGUCAGAGCAGGUGUUUGGUGAAAAUUUCAGACUUGGUGUGAAAAGCUCUUUAUUUGUGUAUAAAAUGUGGUGUAUUAACUGAUUCACUGUUAGAGAUUUUAAUAUAUUUGUGAGUGCCUUUUUGCUUUCUUUGUUGCAUAGAUUGUCUGAGAAUUACUUUGGUGUCCUGUAGACUGUUUCUGUGUCACUAUAAAAAGAAACCUGCUGUAAAUAAACCAGACGGAGCACAAAGCACUGGCACAUCCAAAAGACCGAGGGCAAACUCAAGCUCAAAAAAUGUUGCUAACAAACUAGUUGUGCUGACGUUACCUGCUGCUCUCAUGGAUGGAUCACAUGAUGCUGUGACCGUGAGUGCAUUCAGACAUAGGAUUUGUGUAAUCCACAGCAGUCUAACACGCUGUGGCACUUUAUGUUGUGCAUGUAAAGUGUUGCUAAUGCAGGAUGUUACUGAGACAGAAUUGGCCCUUCUUGCAGUCACAUCUGCUGGUCAGGUUGGAGCUGUACUGUUAGCAAAGCUUCUCACCUUUGCUAACAGUACAAAACCAUCUUUCUUCAAUUUCCUGCUCUGUGCAGUUUCUGAUUAUGCAACGUGUUAUUCUGAGAAACUGUGAACAAGACCCUCUUUCAGUUCUAAGGUUUUCUGGAUUAGGACAUAAAAAAUCAUCUGGUCUUUAGCAGGUUCUAAACAUAUUACACUGUGUCAGCAGCACGAGGCAGCAUGCAGAAACGGGCCUCAUGCAUUCAGCAGCUUCGAGAAGCUCCUUUAGCAGUAAUAAGUUGCAGUGAUGAUUUCCUGUGUGACUUAUCAGUCUCUCACAUCACUGUGGAGGAGUUUUGGUUUCUUUGCCUCAUUGAGGUCUGCAGCAUUAAGCUCUUUGAGGACUGGACUUUGAAACGUUGCAGCAGCUCGAUGCUUUUCUUCUUCAGCCGUUCUGCUGCUGUGCUUGGAUCAUCGUCCUGCUGAUGACCCAGUUUGGUCCAAGCUUCAGCUGUGGGACACCCGGCCUCACACUGACUCUAGAAUACUUUGGUAUACAGAGGAGUUUGUGGUCUAAUCAGAUCAUCAUCCCUCCACCACCAUGCUGACAGCUGCUAUGGGGUGUUCAG